AUCUUUGGACACUUUACAUAUGAGAUGUGGUUGCUUUGAGGUUUUAGAAAUGAUUUAAGUCAAAUAUCAAAGUUGAAGAUCUCCAAGAGAUAUAUAUGAUAUGUAUAUAUAUGUGUAUAUAUAUAUGUACAUAUGAAUUUUUUAUAUUUAUGAAACGCACAUACAAAAAAUUGUGAAAAAUGGGAUUGGUGUCAGUGUUGAAGCAAUCGACUAUGAUUCAUAUGAUAUUGGCUAUAAUUUUUUUUACAUCGGGUUUGAUAAUUAAUUUUAGCCAGUGUCUUUUGUACUUUGGCCUUAGACCCUUUUUCAGAUAUUUUUAUCGCAAGAUUAUUUAUUAUCUCUGCUAUAGUCUUCAUUGUCAAUUGGUAUUUUUGGCAGAGUGGUGGUCUGGAUCAGAUAUUAUAAUCUAUGUAGAUAAAGAGACUUUUGAAAAAUAUUUUGCGAAAGAACCUGCAUUUGUAAUAAUGAACCAUUCUUAUGAACUAGAUUGGGUUAUGGGAUGGUUGCUAUGUGAACGUCUUGGAAUACUUGGUAAUACCAAAGCAUAUGUAAAAAAAGAAAUACGCUAUAUUCCAACAUUAGGUUGGUCAUGGAAAUUUGCUGAUUGUUUAUUCUUGGAAAGAAAUUGGGAGCAAGACAAAAAUACAAUUGGUUCUCAAAUUAAAGAAAUUUCAAAUUAUACAGGUGCAUGGUUAGUUUUAUUUGCUGAGGGAACACGACUCACACCAGAAAAAUUAGAAGCUAGUCAAAAGUUUGCCAAAAAAAGUGGUCUGCCAAUAUUAAAAUAUCACUUAAUACCACGAACAAAAGGUUUUGCAGAAAGUGUACUACACUUGGAACCUAAAAUUCGUGCCAUUUAUGAUAUACAAAUAGAAUUUAAGGCAGACUCUCCUAAUAAACCAACAAUAACAAGUAUAUUAUAUGGGAAACCAGUUGUGGCCUAUAUGCAUAUCAACAGGAUUCCAGUAGAAAAAGUACCUAAAGAUGAAAAGGGUGCUGCAGAAUGGUUACAUAAACUUUAUGAAGAAAAAGAUCGUUUAGCAGAAAGUUUCCAUGAAACGGGUGACUUUUUUGCAACUAGUGGGGUAGCUAAAGUAGAUAAGAUUAUAUUAAAGAGAAGAUAUUAUUCAUUGGUUAAUACAGUUUGCUGGGCAGUGAUAGUUUUAGUACCAAUGAUUUAUUAUUUAAUCAAUCUUUUCUUCCUGCCUGCAUCAGCUGUUUAUUUUUCAAUUGGUGUGGGUAUUAUCUUCCUAUUUUAUCUAUUUAUGUGUCAAAUGAUAAAAAUGACAAAAAUAAGUCAUAGUUCAUCAUAUGGAAUUAAUGAUAAAAAAUCGAAAUAAAAAAGAAAUAAGGAAGUAAUAACAAAAAUGCAAUAUGCAAAAGUUACAACAUUAUUAAAGUUAAAUGAAUAUUUGUAAAAUUAUUUUCGUGAUGUAUUCCACGAGAUUUUCAUCAAGCAAAUCACUGUAAGAAAUGUGUUUAUUCUGACUUACAAAAGUAAAUGAGUCGU